CUUUUUUCCGCAUCUGAUUAUUUUCGUUCUUUUUUUUUUCGCAUCCGCUUUUUUCCGCCGUAACAGAUGGACAUAGAGAUAGUGAUAGAGAAGAGAAGUAGCAACUCUGUGUAGUUGCUUUGCACGGCCCAAUAACUGCUGCUCGGCAGCUAUAGGCCUCUAGCGCUUGCUCAAGCGCGCCAGCUCGGGCUCGGGCCGGAGAGAACGGAAUGCUUCAUCUCAACAAGGCCCGCGGGCGCAUGACCUAGAUCGAACGUCCCACACUUCUCCACACCUUACGCGACCCCGAACCUAAACCCUCUGCGAAACGCUCCUCCUCCGGACCUCCGCCCACCCUCCCCCAAAACCUGACCUCGCCGACAACACCCGGCGGCGGCGGCGGAGGCGGAGAUGAUCAAGCGGCGGUACUUCCGACAGGACCACGGCGACAAGAGCGGUUCCUCAUCGUCCUCUUCCUCCUCCUCCUCGGGUUCGGACUCGGACAGGGAACCUGCGGAGGAAGCGGCCCCCACUGAGGAAGUAGAGGAACAGCAGGAAGAACAAGAAGAUGAGCAGCAUGUGGGGGAGGAGGAUUCGGGAGAAGAGCAGGAAGAGGAGCUAGAGCCAGUGGUCGAACAAGAGAGUUCAGGGUACCAAAGUGAGUACAGCUCCGGUAACGAUGUUGAUGAACCUUCUGCAGAUAGUGAUGAGCAUAUCAUCCUAAGACAUGAAGAAGAUCCUGAGAUAAAUUCGUCUGUUAAGAGAGCCUCAAGUGGUAAAGCUGAUUCAACCAAAGAUGCAUCUGACACGGAUGAUGCUCUUGAGGUUGAUUUCAAUAACUACAUUCUGAAGUGCAAAUCUGUGUACAAGUGCAAGCUUUGUCCUAGAAUCAUCUGCUUAAAUGAGGAGAUGGUCAGGGUACAUCUUAAAUCAAAGAGACAUGCUCGAUCAAAGAAAUUGUUAGGAGAAGGUAGGCUUAAGUUGAUGCUUAAUAGUGAUGGUGAGUUGGAGGAAGAGCAAGAGACACAUGCUGAACGACAUGCUCGAACUGUAGCUCUUGCUCAGCAAGUACAAAAAUCAAAGAAGGAUUCUGGCAGGCAGCGCCAAAACCGAAGGAGGAAGAAGAGAUCUCAGAAUCAUGUUGAGAAGAAACAGAAGCCACUAACAUCUGACAAGAAAAAACGCAAAAUUGAAAAGUAAAGUGGAUGGUCAGAAAUGUUACAAGUUUUUCCCCCUUUCUCAAUUCGCAUAUGCUAACUUUUAGAGGUAAAAUCAUGUGAUGUUUCUCGAGCCUUUGCUGGCUGUUUUUUGGUGGUCGCAUAUGCCAUCUUUUAGAGGUGAAAUCAUGUGAUGUUUCUCGAGCCAUUUCUGGCUGUGUCUGUGUAAGAUUUGUUAGCGACAAUUUGCUGAUACUAUGAGAUCACGUUGAAUGGGAAAUUAAUUGUCUCGCUUUUUUCACUUUCA